GGUGGACUUUUCAUGAGGAACACUGUUCAGGAGCACAGUGCAUUUCGAUUCGCUGUGCAGUUAUACAACACAAACCAAAAUACCACAGAAAAGCCCUUCCAUUUGAACUAUCAUGUAGAUCACUUGGACUCUUCCAACAGUUUUUCAGUGACAAAUGCUUUCUGUUCACAGUUUUCCAGAGGAGUUUAUGCUAUCUUUGGAUUCUAUGAUCAGAUGUCAAUGAACACACUGACAUCAUUUUGUGGAGCCCUUCACACGUCCUUCGUCACACCCAGCUUCCCAACAGAUGCAGAUGUGCAGUUUGUCAUCCAGAUGCGGCCAGCAUUAAAAGGAGCCAUCUUGAGUCUCUUGACUCAUUAUAAGUGGGAAAAGUUUGUGUACCUCUAUGACACAGAACGGGGAUUUUCCAUUCUUCAGGCGAUUAUGGAAGCAGCAGUACAGAACAACUGGCAAGUGACAGCCAGAUCUGUAGGAAGCAUAAAGGAUGUUCAGGAAUUCAGAAGAAUUAUAGAGGAGAUGGACAGGCGGCAAGAAAAAAGAUACUUAAUUGACUGUGAAGUAGACAGAAUCAACACCAUUUUGGAACAGGUUGUAAUCCUCGGCAAACAUUCUAGAGGCUAUCACUACAUGUUAGCUAACCUGGGCUUCACAGACAUUGUUCUGGAGAGAGUAAUGCAUGGAGGUGCCAACGUUACUGGAUUCCAGAUUGUUAAUAAUGAAAACCCAAUGGUUCAACAGUUUCUACAACGCUGGGUGAGGCUCGAUGAAAGAGAAUUUCCUGAAGCCAAAAAUUCACCAUUAAAGUAUACGUCUGCACUGACCCAUGAUGCAGUGCUAGUCAUAGCAGAGGCUUUCCGUUACCUCCGAAGACAGCGUGUGGAUGUCUCCAGGAGAGGCAGUGCUGGAGACUGCCUGGCUAACCCUGCAGUACCAUGGAGCCAAGGAAUUGAUAUAGAAAGAGCGCUGAAAAUGGUGCAAGUUCAAGGAAUGACAGGGAACAUCCAGUUCGACACCUAUGGGCGGAGAACAAAUUACACAAUUGAUGUGUAUGAAAUGAAAGCCGCUGGAUCGCGGAAGGCUGGUUAUUGGAACGAAUACGAAAGAUUUGUGCCAGCAUUAGAUCAGCUGCCCUCUAAUGACACUUCAUCUGUGGAGAACAGAACUAUAGUAGUCACUACCAUCUUGGAAUCACCAUAUGUAAUGUAUAAGAAAAACCAUGAACAACUAGAAGGGAAUGAGAGAUAUGAAGGAUAUUGUGUAGACUUAGCUUCUGAAAUAGCAAAACAUGUUGGAAUAAAAUACAAACUGUCAAUUGUUGGAGAUGGGAAAUAUGGAGCUAGGGACCCUGAGACUAAGAUAUGGAAUGGCAUGGUGGGUGAACUGGUCUAUGGGAGAGCAGAUAUAGCUGUUGCCCCCCUCACCAUAACACUGGUGCGAGAAGAAGUCAUAGACUUUUCCAAACCCUUUAUGAGCCUGGGCAUCUCCAUCAUGAUCAAGAAGCCCCAGAAAUCUAAACCGGGCGUAUUCUCUUUCCUGGAUCCUUUGGCUUACGAAAUUUGGAUGUGUAUAGUCUUUGCUUACAUUGGCGUCAGCGUAGUUCUUUUCCUAGUCAGCAGAUUCAGCCCUUACGAAUGGCACUUGGAAGACAGCAGUGAAGAACCACGUGACCCUCAGAAUCCUCCCGACCCUCCAAAUGAGUUUGGAAUAUUUAACAGCCUUUGGUUUUCCCUGGGUGCCUUUAUGCAGCAAGGAUGCGAUAUUUCUCCAAGAUCUCUCUCAGGGCGAAUUGUCGGAGGAGUCUGGUGGUUCUUCACUCUCAUCAUUAUCUCUUCCUACACUGCUAAUCUUGCUGCCUUCCUUACGGUGGAAAGGAUGGUUUCUCCCAUAGAGAGCGCAGAGGACCUGGCUAAACAAACCGAAAUAGCCUAUGGCACUUUGGAUUCAGGCUCAACCAAAGAAUUCUUUAGAAGGUCAAAAAUAGCCGUCUACGAGAAAAUGUGGUCGUACAUGAAGUCGGCCGAGCCCUCGGUGUUCACCAAAACGACGGCGGACGGGGUGGCAAGGGUGCGGAAGUCGAAGGGGAAGUUUGCCUUCCUGCUGGAGUCGACGAUGAACGAGUACAUCGAGCAGCGCAAGCCCUGCGACACCAUGAAAGUUGGCGGCAACCUGGAUUCCAAGGGCUAUGGUGUAGCAACCCCCAAAGGCUCAGCAUUAAGAAAUGCUGUUAACCUGGCAGUAUUAAAACUGAAUGAGCAAGGCCUCUUGGACAAAUUGAAAAACAAAUGGUGGUACGACAAAGGAGAGUGCGGCAGCGGGGGAGGUGACUCCAAGAACUCCUGUAAACCUUGCAGUAUUGAAACUCAGUGAACAAGGCAUCUUAGACAAGCUGAAAAACAAAUGGUGGUACGAUAAGGGUGAAUGUGGAGCCAAGGACUCCGGAAGUAAGGACAAGACGAGCGCUCUGAGCCUGAGCAAUGUUGCCGGGGUUUUCUAUAUCCUUGUGGGAGGCCUCGGGCUGGCCAUGAUGGUGGCAUUGAUCGAGUUCUGCUACAAGUCUCGGGCCGAGUCCAAGCGAAUGAAACUCACCAAGAACACGCAGAACUUCAAACCUGCGCCCGCCACCAACACCCAGAAUUACGCUACGUACAGAGAAGGCUACAACGUGUACGGCACAGAAAGUGUGAAAAUCUAGGGAUCCUCGCCCUGACAGCACGCAAGAGGAGAAGCAGCAGAGAAUGUGGCUACUUCACGGAUUCGGACCACCUGAGCCAGUCGUACUCUCUCCGAGGUGUCAGGCAUGACACGCGUUGAUGAUGGUGCAAUGUACUUUUAAUAGGAAAAACUGGUAUUUUUUCCUUCAGUGCCUUAUGGAAGACUCUGAGACUCACAACAAUGCAAACCAUCACCGAAAUAUUCUUGCUUUGCUUGAAAGAAGAAAAAGAGAAAGUAAAAGUAAAAGAAAAAGAAGAAAGGAAAAGAAAAGAAA